GGAAGGUCUGGCUGGGCAGUGAUGGAGGAGGAGGAGGAAGGAGCAUCUGUUGGAUCCUGAAGCAAACUCAGGAGCAUCCAAAAGUCCCCAUCAGGUCUAGAGGUGACCUCUUGGUGGGCGGAGACUGUUGGGUCUGGAUUAUUAGGGUGUUUAUAACAUAGUUAUUUGGGUUAUUUCCUCCAAUUAGCUAAAAUAUUUGUGACAUUUGUACAAAUUUGAACCUUUAAAUGUAACCUUGUACAAACCUGAUGAUGGCUUUAACUUAUUGUUUGACUCCGAAAUUUUUUUUACAUAUUUUUUGUUUGAGUUCAGAUUUUUAGAUCUUGUCGUUUCUGAGGAAAUAUGGUUGGAAAAUAAACAUAUUGUUUUUAUUCACGAAGAGAAAUCUUGACAAUGAAAUAAAUAACUUUACAUUCAGCACCUCAUCAGCGUUCAGCACACACAGAGACACGCGCGCGCGCACGCACGCACUCGCAGAUGGACUGUCUCCCGGAGCUCAGGGGGUGAAGGACGCCGUAAAGCGCAGCAGCUAAUCGGAUUUAAUCGGUUAAUUUGUCUCCGGUGGCCUCCGGAGGACAGGUAAACACGUCGCGGGUUGAGUUGAAUCUGUAACUUUCCAGGAUGAAACAUGACCUGAGCACAAGGAUAAUGAAAUAGACCAAUCGCUUUUCGUUUUCAUUACUUUGUAGAAUAAAGUUAAAGUGCGCGCGUCCGUCCGGCUGGACCGAUUUUGCGUUAUUGCGCAGCGCCGCGCGCAGAUUGAAGUCUGCUUCAAGUCUCUGAGACAUCAUGAGACCUCACCCUGGGUCCCGCAGUCCGGACCAGCAUUCAUGAGAGCCCGCUGGCCGCGGUGCUGUGGCCCGGACCGGGACGGAGCGACGGCGGAGCCGCGGCGGAGAUGUCGGUCAACGUGAGCGCGGAGGCGGAGGCGGCAGGACGCAACGUGCCGGCGCUGCUGUUCGGUGUGCUUCUGAUCGUGGUGAUCACCUGCGGGAACGUGCUGGUGUGUCUCAGUGUGCUGACAGAGAAGGCGCUGAAGACCACCACCAACUACUUCAUCGUGAGUCUGGCGGUGGCGGACCUGAUGCUGGCGGUGCUGGUUCUUCCUCUCUUCGUUUACUCCGAGUUCCAGGACGGUGUGUGGACCCUCAGCACCACCAUCUGUGACGGGUUGAUGACCAUGGAUGUGAUGCUGUGCACAGCCUCCAUCUUUAACCUCUGUGCCAUCAGCGUCGACAGGUUCAUUGCUGUGUUGAUUCCUCUCAACUACAACAGGAAGCACGUGGACCUCCGUCAGAUGGUUCUGCUGGCAGCCACCUGGAUACUGGCUCUCGCUGUAGCCUCGCCCAUCAUGUUUGGCAUCAAUGACGUGCCUGGUCGUGAUCCCAGCGAGUGUAAACUGGAAAAUGACGAUUACGUCCUCUAUUCCUCUGUGUGCUCCUUCUUCAUCCCCUGUCCCAUUAUGCUGCUGCUGUACUGUGGGAUGUUUCGUGGACUGCACCACUGGGAGGAGGCCCGCAAAGCCAAACUGAGGAGCAGCAUCCAGGCCUGUCGCAAGCUGCAAGAGGCUGCAGCCUCCCUGCCUCCUCUGGCCUCACUGCCACCCCCACUGCCGCCCAUCAUAGAGAGGGAACAAUCAGAUGUACCAGAUGAGCCGUCCACUGUCCCGUUAACGGACCAGCCUCAGCAGUCAGAGUGCAGGGCCAGCCUUGUGCCAACGGUGAGCUUUGCAGAGAUCAAGUUCAACCCAGAUCCUCACAAACGGAAAAGGGCUAAGAUCAACAGUCGUGAGAGGAAGGCUAUGAAGGUGCUUCCUGUUGUUGUUGGUGCUUUUCUCUUCUGCUGGACCCCCUUCUUUGUUCUCCACAUACUGCGGGCUCGGUGCCAGGACUGCCACAUCCCGCCGGCCCUGAUGAGUGUCGUGACCUGGCUCGGAUACGUCAACAGUGCUCUAAACCCGGUCAUUUACACCAUCUUUAACACAGAGUUCAGGAACUUCUUUAAAAAGGUCCUGCACAGCUGCUGCUCCUAGGAAUGGGUU